GGACUUUGAAAGCCGUGGGAGAGGCGACUCUGGCCCCGCUGAGGCGGCCUGCUACCCCCGACUCCACCCGGAGGAGGAGGCUGACGAUGAGCGAGGACAGCGAGUGGAUCAGGACCAUCCAGAACGAAAACACGUACCUGAAAAACCAGGUUAGGCUGCUCCGAGAGAACUAUGAAUUGCGUUCGUUACUGAAUCAGCACUAUGAGAACAGCAGCCAAGGGCGGUGUGUCCCUUCCCGCUCUGCGCCCGUGUAUCCGAAUGUCUGCUCCCCGGGCCAAGGAGCCCAGCCAUACGGAAGAGAGAUCCAGCCUCUGGAGAGCCCAAGUCACCUAAACCCUUCCCAGCUGCAGGAGUUCAGUUACUCCCCUCUUCACAUGGCAAACGAGGAAGCCGCUCUGCUCAGCCCCAAAGCCCAGGCAGAGGCAACCUUGCAGGGGAUUGGCAACAAUCCCGCUUUGUUUCAGCCUACCCCCCGGGAGAGGAAGCCCGCUGUGGUUUCCAGCACUUCCUGGUCCAGCAGGGUGGAGAAACAGCUGCCGGACUCGAUGGACCUCUCGCGGCUGAACGUCUGUGUCAACGGCCCGUCGCCUGCAGGAGCGAAGACUCGGAGUCGCUUAUAUGGGACAGCUCUCCAGCAGCAUGGAAGCGCCCUCAAUGCCUCGGACCUGCUGGGUCAGCCGCAGCUCUCCUCCCUGGGAGAAUUUCUUCCCCCCAGCCUCUCCAACAAGGAAGGGGACUACGCAAAGACAGUGUUUCCAGGGUCCUUCAAACCCCCUGAAGCAUUUAUCCCAGGAAGUCCCCCAAGGAAGCCGCUCCCCCACGUGAACAGCGCCCGGGACCUAGUGAGUGAGAAAAUCUCCGUGGACAUGGAAGAGAUACGCAGGAAAAAAAAAGUCUGGUUCUCGGAGAUGCCGGGAGGAGAUGAGCCGCCGAAGCCCCACGCCUAUUUAAAUGAGGUUGAGCUGAACAGCAAGAAAAAUGGCCGCAUUGUGGGAGAGAUUGCCUUCCAGCUAGACAGACGCAUCCUCGCUUAUGUGUUUCCGGGAGUGACGCGACUUUAUGGUUACACCGUGUCCAACAUCCCUGAUAAAAUCCGAAAGGCCUCCCUGCAGUGCCUGGAUGGCUCUGUGGACGAGAAGAAGCACCGCGCCAUGACGCAGCGCUACCUGUCCCUCACCACGCGCCUGGAGAAGAUGGGCUACAACCGGGACAUGCACCCGGCGUUCAGCGAGUUCCUGAUCAACACCUACGGCAUCCUGAAGCAGCGGCCCGACGUGCAGGCCAGCCCACUCCACAGCAGCCCGGCGGAGCUGCGCCGGGUGGUGAUCGACGUGGUUCCCUCCAAGUUCCUGGGCGACACCUUGCUGCUGCUGAACUGCUUGUGCGAGCUCUCCAAGGAGGACGGCAAGCCGCUCUUUGCCUGGUAGGGGGCUGGGUGUGCCGGAGCCGGCUGGAGGGUGCGUCCAUUCCCCAAGACGUGAGCAGAAAGCCUGAGUUUGAAAUACAGAUGUGGGGUUUGUUUGUCUAUGUCCUGGGGCGUGUUCCGAGCACUGGGCUCCGGUCGGCCUGUGUGUGUGUGUUUUUUAAUGUGAUAGGUUCCUACCUUCCUCAUCGUCCUUUCGACCAUCCCC